GAAACCCCAGUCUCCUGGCUGGAUCUCAGAAGAGCCCACAGCUAAACAAGGCCCUGCUGAACUGGCAGCCAUGAGUAAGAACGCUGAUGAGGUCAAAGGUAAGCUGCUUCAGCUGAGAUGCCACUUCACCUGGGAGCUGCUAGUUGAAGACACUGAGAUGCCCGAUUUAGAGAACAGGAUCCUGGAUGAGAUUGAGUUCCUAGACACCAAAUACAACGCGGGCAUACACAACCUGCUGGCCUACGUCCAACACCUGAAAGGCCAGACUCAGGAGGCCCUGGGGAGCCUGAAGGAAGCCGAAGACCUGAUCCAGCAGGAACACGGCGACCGAUCGGCUGUGAGAAGCCUGGUCACCUGGGGCAACUACGCCUGGCUGUAUCACCACAUGGGCAGGCUGGCGCAGGCCCAGACUUACCUGGACAGGGUGGCAAACACUUGUGAGAAGUUUGCAGCCCCCUCCUGCUACAGGCUGGACUGUCCUCAGAUGGACUGUGAGGAAGGGUGGGCCUUGCUGAAGUGUGGAGGCAAGAACUACGAGCGGGCCAAGGCCUGCUUCGAAAAGGCUCUGGCAGCGGAGCCUGAGAACCCUGAAUUCAGCACUGGGUAUGCAAUCACCAUCUAUCGGCUGGACGGCUUCAACAAAGCGACCCAGGUUAGCGACGCAUUUUGUCUGCAGCCUCUAAAAGAGGCCAUCAGGCUGAACCCAGAAGACGCGUACAUUAAGGCUCUGCUCGCCCUGAAGCUUCAGGACGUGGGCCAAGAAGCCGAAGGAGAAAAGUACGUCGAAGAGGCACUGACCAACAUGUCCUCGCAGACCUACGUCUUUCGAUACGCGGCCAAGUUUUACCGCAGGAAAGGCGCUCUGGAUAAAGCUCUUCAGCUCUUAAAGAGGGCCCUGCAGGCCACGCCCUCCUCCGCUUUCCUGCAUCACCAGAUGGGGCUUUGUUACAAGGCACACAUGAUCCAAAUCAAGAGAGCGGCAAACUGGCAGCCCAGAGGACGGGAUAGAGACAAUGUCGACAAAAUGGUAAGGUUAGCCAUAGCUCAUUUUCAAUUUGCUCUGGAACAAAAGCCCACAUUUGACAUUGCUUAUAUACACCUGGCCGGUAUGUACAUAGAAGCUGGCAACCACAGAAAAGCUGAAGACAUUUACCAAAAAUUGUUAUGUUUGAUGUCCCUCGACGAAGAAAAACAGCAAAAGGUACAUUUCCACUAUGGUCAAUUUCAGGAAUUUCAAAAGAAAUCUGAAGUCAAUGCAAUUAUCCAUUAUUUAAAAGCACUAAAAACAGAAAAGGUGUCACUGACAAGAGAUAAAUGUAUUAAUUCUUUGGAGAAACUGACUUUAAGAAGACUUUCCAGAAAUGCAUCAGACAUAGAAAGCUUGAGCAUUCUUGGGUUUAUCUACAAAGUCAAAGGCGAAAUGAAUAAAGCCCUGGAGUACUAUGAGCAGGCCCUGAGGCUGGCUGUGGACUCUGGGAACUCUGGCACCUGAUCCUGGGUGUGGAAAUAUGAACCACAUUCACAUUUUAUUUGAUUUUAGGUAAACAUGUUAACUCUAACCAUUGUUUCUGUUUGCUACUUUCAGAAACAUAUUAAGCAAUCCACUGCAGUGAUGCAAGUUUUUAACCAUUACCCAAACCUGGUAAAAUAUUGGUUCUAUUCAGAAAAUACUGAAACAGAAUAUAUACAUCUCUGUUAUGUGAGAGAGGAACCAUUUCUCUGCGAAUGUUAUAUAGUCGAAAAACCAUUUGUCGAGUAGAUUCGUAGCAAAUAAAGGCCUGGAUUUACAUAAAACAAAAAUGUUUCAUUCAUUCAUUUUAUCAACAAAUAGUUUUUGGUGUUAGAUACCAAAUAUGGUGAUGUAGCGGAGGAAAAAUCUUUUUACGCUACCCAUUUUAGGUUCAUUGGCCAGGACUCCAUAAUUAGAAUGACAAGCACAGAUUAACAAGAGAUAAACAAACAGAGAUUUAUGAAUACAUGCACCGCACACACACAGGGGAGCACCCAGUGAUGAGUAACUCAAAAGGGUGGCUAGAAAACAUAGCAUCCUGGCAAACGAACAAUGCGUUUUUAGAGAAGGGAUAAGAAAUUUUAGAGAAGGGAAAAGAACCUUGAGUUUCUAGGGUGGCAAACUGUAGGAAUGUAAAUAUUUGGGGGAGAUUAAUGGAAAACAAGGGCUAGUUGAGAAGGUUUGUUAUGGGGGCCUGGGUGGCUCAGUUAGUUGAGCGUCCAACUUCGGCUCAGGUCAUGAUCUCACAGUUGGUGAGUUCGAGCCCCGCGUCGGGCUCUGUGCUGACAGCUCAGAGCCCCAAGCCUGCUUCGGAUUCUGUGUCUCCCUCUCUCUCUGU